AUGGCUCUUUCAGAAGAUGAGCAAGACGGAGUCGAAAUGAUGCUGAUGAUCUGCAACUCUUUAAGUAUAUGUGGCUGCUUAUUUAUUUUGAUCAUUUAUCUUUCAUUUCAAGAGCUUAGAAGUUUUGCUUUUCGACUUGUGCAAUAUAUGUCAAUUGUCGACCUUAUUCAUUCAGUCGCUUUAAUGAUGCCUUAUAGGGAGUCUGAAGGCUGAUGUAUUCUUUAUUAUAUAAAACAUAUAAAAAAUAAAAUAAUUAAUUUUUUUUUGACUAUUUAAUCAAUAUAUUAUAUUGCUAAUUGGGGAAGAAUUAUUUUUUAAUUUAUAAAUAAAUUUUAGUUUUACAGUAAAAAUUGCUUUGAUUUUUUUUAUAUUUAAAAUUGCCCUGCAUCAGUGAUUUAUAUAUUCCAAUCGUUUUUAAUACAAUACUCAGCUCUUGGCAGUGCAUUAUGAAGCUUAAUCAUGGCUUAUGCGUUAUAUGAUGUAGUUAUAAAUCAAAACUCAAAAAUCCAAGAUCGCGAAUUGUAUUUUGCUUUAUUUGGGUUUCUUGUGCCAGCUCUCUCAACGAUACCUCCUUUUAUUACAGAAAGUUAUGGGAUGGCACAAGGAUGAUGCUGAAUAAAAUCAAGAAAAAAUCAUUUUACAGUGGAUACUACCUUAAGGAUUCUACUAUUUUAUGGGCCAAUUUGGAUAAUCUUCAUAUAUAUGGUAUGAGCCUACUGAAAAAUAGUCAAAUUCAUCAACCAACAAUUUAAAGGCUUGGGAGAAAACUCUGAAUCUUCAAUCAAAAAAUCACUUGUCUGAAGACUUAGCCUAUACCCAUGAAUUCUAGCUGUUUCCCACAUAUUUGUAACAAUAAAAAGGAUUUAUGAUUUUAUUGACCCAAGGGAAGAAUAUUUCCCAUUAAUAAUUGCUGCAGGCGCCAUGAUCUCUUUAACAGGAUUUUUCAACGCUUUUGCAUAUGGGCUUACUGACUCUGUUAAAUCUUCCCUUAAGCAAGCCUGAAGAGGAGGGCCUAGAGGUGAUUCUUUCACUUAUCAAGGCUCCCAAAGCUUAUCAAAAUUACCAAAAUAUGAAUCUGAGCAAUAA